CCCUCCCUGUGCUGCUGUCAAUAAUUGAUGAUCUUUAGUGACUCUCAAAGGGUAACAGGUCCCGGCAGAAAAUCAUGUAUCAUGUGUCAUUUCCUUUAUUUAUUCACAAGUCCGUCUUCAAGCGCCUGCUCAAGCGUUUGUCCGAGACUUGACUGCAGAAGCCAGUUGGUAAUAUUUGUGGUAUCAUGUGACCGUACCUGAUAAGAUAGUCAAUGCUGCCUGAGUGACAGCAGGAAAGAAAAGAAGGAGGGAAGGGAAGCUUUAAAUGAGAGAGAAAGGUAGGGGGUCAUGGAGGAGGAGUGAUGGAAUUAUUGAGUGAAUUAAUCCGGUGCCUUUACCAGUUGUGAUUGACUGUACUGCAAACUUGCGUGUACGGUACAAUCAUGGAGGGAGACAAGAGUGAAGACGCAGCCAUCCCCAGAAAGAGAAGUUUGACAAGUGUGGACACUGAGCCAGGAGCAGAGUCUGCAAAGAAUACAGUGGACAUGUUGGACUCUGCUGUCAAUGAGAAGAAGCCGGUUCUGUCUGCGAGCAUCAGCCAGAAGGAGACGGAACUGUUUGAGAUCAUUGAAAAACUCCAGGGCAGCAGACUUGAUGAGCAGCGAUGUGAGUUUCCUCUGCCUCUUAAGUCCCAGCUUUUAACAGGAGGUGGAGAGCUGCCAAUCGUCCUUCCAUCAAAGCUGGGGGGCUACUGGAUAGACCCUCCUUUGGAGAGAUCUGCAGACGUCAGUCCCACCUCCUCCCAUCACGGCCUCCACGCAGAUGGCUACGAAAUCAUGGAAAGAGAUGGCGAGGCCAAAAGCUACCGCCAGUUCUUCCGCUCACGGUAUCACCAUUCAUUCACAGCGGCGGAUCCUUCUUUAGGGCCUCUGGUUCUGUCCGUGUGUUUGGAGGAGGAGGACAAUAGAAUGAGAGUCAUACUAAGAAUGAAAGAAUGCUCUCUGCAUGGAGUUUUUUCCCUGUCGCUCUUUCCUGGCCUUCCUUCAGCAGUGGAACUGGCAAAGAUGCUGUGUGACAGAGUAACUGUCUCAAAGUUUGAAGUGGUCAGUUACCUCAAGGCUCCAGUACUAAUAAGUACAUUCGAUGAACACAGAGUGUCUUCCAAUUUCAAGUUUGGCGUAUUGUACCAGAAGGAAGAUCAGUUAACCGAGGAGGACAUACUCGGUAACGACGAGGAAAGUGAAGAGUUUACAGACUUCCUGUCCAUUUUAGGCGACACCGUUCAGCUGCAAGGCUUCACUGGCUUUAGAGGAGGCCUGGAUGUAUGUCAUGGCCAGACCGGAAGCCAAGCACUGGUCACUUCCUUUCACGGGAAAGAAAUCAUGUUCCACGUGGCGACCAAGCUACCCUUCACGGAUGGAGACCCACAGCAAUUACAAAGAAAGAGACAUAUCGGCAAUGACAUCGUGGCGCUGGUCUACCAGGAGGGUCACACACCUUUCCUAGCUGAUGUCAUUAAGUCACACUUCCUGCACUGUUUCAUUGUGGUACGGAAGGUUCCGAGGGAGAUGGAAGACACAGGACAAGCUGCGUAUCGGAUAUGUAUCACAGCCAGAGAGGAUGUUCCUCCAUUUGGUCCUGUCCUUCCAGAUCCUCCAAUCUUCACUGAUCGCUCCCUGCUGAGAGAAUUCCUCCUGACUAAGCUCAUCAAUGCGGAGAUUUCCUGCUAUAAAGCAGAGCAAUUCAGCAGACUGGAGCUGCGCACUCGUUCAUCACUUCUGGAGAGUCUGCAGGCGGAGCUAUCUACUCGCUCCCAGUGCAUGGUGGGAGAUCCAUCACCCUCUUCCAGCGCUGAGAGUGUCAGAGGGGGAUCCGAAGGGAGUGGGGGUUUUAUUGAGAACUUUAAGAGAGCCAUCAGAGUGAGGAGCCACUCAUUCGAGACGCUCAGCGUGCCCAGGAGGAUUAGUGGUCUCUCACCACAGAAACCAAAGGCCGAGAAGGAUGCAGACAGCGAGAAAAUACCAGACGGCACGGGGCAGGUGGAAGUCCGGGAUCAAGCAAGCCCUCAAGAGGAGACGUAGACAAGUUUGCUGAAUUAAUAGUACACUCAUAGGCUAUACAGUAUGUUUACCUUAUCACUCAUGUAAAUAAGAGUGAAGCUGCUAUUGGUGUGAUUAUUGCACUUUAAUGGCAGUGAUUUUUGUGACUUGAGAAUAUAUAAAUUAUAUUUCAGUAAAAUGUAUACCAAAUAAAAGACUUAUGAAUUAAAAAAAAA